GGAACCGGGGCUGCGCGCAGCGCUUGCGGGCCAGCACGAGUUCCGGGUGGGCAUGGGCUCAGCGGGCCCUGCACUCGGAGCGGCCAGCAGGCCCCGCCAGCCCCGGGCAGUGCAGGGCUUAGCACCUGGGCCAGCAGCUGCUGUGCUCGACUUCUUGCUGGGCCUUAGCUGCCUCCCCGCGGGGCAGAGUUCAGGACCUGCAGGCCGCCAUGCCUGAGCCACCCACUCCCUCCGUGGGCUCCGGCGCAGCCCAAGCCUCCCCGACGAGCGCUGCCCCCUGCUCCACAGCACCCAGUCCCAUCAACUACCCAAAGGCUGAGGAGUGCGGGUGCACAGGCGUGGGACUGGCAGGCAGCUCCACCUAUGGCCCCUGUGCAGGAUCUACUGGGUGAAGCCAGCUGGGCUCCUGAGUCUGGUGGCGACUUGGAGAACGUUUAUGUCUAGCUAAGGGAUUGUAAAUACAACAAUGGGCACUCUGUAUCUAGCUCAAGGUUUGUCAACACACCAAUCAGCACCCUGUAUCUAGCUCAGGUUUUGUGAAUGCACCAAUGGACACUCCGUAUCUAGCUAAUCUAGUGGGGACGUGGAGAACCUUGGGGUCUAGCUCAGGGAUUGUAAACGCACCAAUCAGCACCCUGUCAAAACAGACCAAUCAGUUCUCUGUAAAAUGGACCAAUCGGCUCUCUGCAAAAUGAACCAAUCAGCAAGAUGUGGGUGGGGCCAGAUAAGAGAAUAAAAGCAGGCUGCAGGAGCUAGCGGUGGCAACCUGGUCGGAUUGCCUUCUGUGCCUUGGAAGCAUCGUUCUUUCGAUCUUUAGGUUCACACUGCCUUUGUGAGCUGUAACACUCACUGCCAAGGUCUGUAGCUUCACUUCUGAAACUAGCAAGACCACGAACCCGCCAGAAGGAAGAAACUCUGAACACAUCCAAGCAUCAGAAGGAACAAACUCCGGACACGCUGCGUUUAAGAACUGUGACACUCACCACGAGGGUCCGCAGCUUCAUUCUUGAAGUCAGUGAGACCAAGAACCUACCAAUUCCGGACACAUCAGGAGAAGAGCCUUGGUGGGGUGUAGAACUGUUGAUUAUACAGUGUAUGAGUCUUUCUAUGUGUGACUUCUUCGAGUCUUCCAGAAAGUGGGUGAGAAGGAAGCCCUACUCUACUACCAAGGAGACUACAGGGAGCACAAUCAAUGGCACAUAUUCUGGAAUAACUCACUGGCUGUCAGAAAAAGAUUCUAUAGGAAAUCUGGAGCCUAACUGCUGGCUUUUGUCUGGAGAGCCUCCAUGAUCCAAGACACCUGGUGGGAAUGAGAAUUUCACAAGGAUGGAGGAGAUGGAGAGAUGCCGGUCAACGCGAGGCUCCCUGUGGGGACACUGUACAUGACAUCGAUAAUGAGGACACUGAACACAACAUCUGUAAUGAGGACACUGUACAAGACAUCUCUAAUGAGGAUGCUGUAGAAGACAUCUCUAAUCAGAACACUGUAGAAGACGCCUCUAAUGAGGAUGCUGUAUAUGACAUCGCUAAUGAGGACACUGUACAAGACAUCUGUAAAAAAGAAGAUGCUGCCAAUGAGCCAUUGACACUGGAGAAUGGUACGUACCCCGAAAUAACUCACUUCCUGAGGAAAAAACGCUGUCUGUAGGGUACAGAAACCUGAUUCUGGGCUCCUCUUGGGAAGGAGGAUUUGGGGUCUGGUGAGAGCAAAUGAUUUUGCAAGUAUAAAACAAUGUCCAGAGAGGCUGUAGGGAUGUCUGUGAACCAGAGGAAACACCAGGGGAUCCUGUGUGAAGCACCAUGGCUUCAGCUGGGGCGGGAGGAGUGGAUGGGCCUCUCUAAUGACUUAUCCUGAUGUUUGUGUUUUAAAGAUCUGUUUUUGGAGAGCAUAUCCGAUGAUGGGGAUUUGUAGGUAGGUAAUACUUUCCACGUAAGAUUCAAUGGGAGAGAGUUCCCAGGGCCUUCGGGGUAUCCAUGCUGCUUGGGAGAUUGAGAGAGGGGGCAUGAAAUCAAAAAGAAAAAAGGAAAUAUGUAUCUAAUUGGAUUUGGUCUUUUCCGGGUUUAUUGGCAUAAUAGUAAGAACUGUCUCUCUGGGCUGUGAGAGUGCUGUGUUAUUUGAAGGUGAUCUUUCCCGGAACACCUGGCCUUUUCUUUUCUGCCUCUGCCAAACAUCACAGCCUUUGGGUUGGAUUAGUCAGCACCCCUUGGGAUUGUGCAGAAGAGGUUUGGGGUCGCAUCGAGUGUCACCUGUGGCGAACAGAAUCUGAGGGACACAACUCUCUCACAGGCACUUACUUCAAC